AUGGCAGCCACCCAGAAAAGACCGGAGAUCAUCGACAUCGCACGCGGUCUCAACCAUGUACCUAUGUGCGAGGACUACGAACGCAUGAUAUCAGGAAUGCUAUAUAACCCACUGCUACCCAAACUCGCCGAAGCCCGGCACCGGUGCCGCGGGGUAGCGACUGACUUCAACCAGCUCGACGCCAAAACCGCGUCGUACGAGGAGAUCGCAGACCGACGAAUGGAGCUUCUACGCAAUGUCGUCGGGCGAGUAGGCGAGGGCACAUUCAUGGAACCGCCCUUCUGGCCAGACUAUGGGUGUAAUAUUGCCAUUGGGAAGGAGUGCUUUAUUAACUUCAACUUCACUGCACUCGACACAAGCCUUGUCGUCAUCGGCGACAGGGUGCAAUUCGGGCCCAAUGUCUCGAUCUACACGGCCGGCCACGACACGAGCAUCCUCUCGCGCCGGAAGUUCGUUGAGUUCGGACACCCCGUGUUCAUUGGCGACGACUGCUGGAUCGGGGGCAAUGUUACUAUCCUGCCUGGUGUGACGAUUGGAGAGGGGUGCACUAUUGGUGCUGGCUCUGUUGUCACCAAGGAUAUCCCACCGUUCUCGGUUGCGGUUGGCAGUCCCUGCAAAGUACGCAAGACGAUCCAGUCGGCGGAGGAGGAGAUGGAGGACCCGCGGAAUCCGUAUAGAGAUAUGCCGGAGAAGACUGACUGA